ACCAUCACUUCUGCAUACGGCAGAAAACUGCACAGGACAGGACCGCUGGAGUUCUGCCCGUCCCCGAGACUCUUCCUCCAUGCCACAGCGGUGCGUGCGUGCCGUGGAGCCCGGCACCGGGGCCAGCUGCCCCGGCAGAGCUCUGGUGUGUGCUGUGCCCCAGGGGAGGUACCAGCUGCUCUUGGCUCAGUCCAGCCUGAGCAUUGCCGCCUCUUGCUCGGGUAUGUGGCCACGGGGCCUUGGGCAGCAGCCAUCUGUUAAAACCAGUGCCUCGUGCUUGCUGCAGCAGAAGCAGCUGGGAUACAGGGAGUAAAUAUCUGGGGUUUUCUGCAAAGAAAAUUCCAAAACCAGAGCACCCUGUGGCAAUAAAUACCAAGCCCUACGUUUUCACUGAAGAUUAUGAAUAAAAGAGCACAUUCCCAGCACAGGGAGUAUACAGAAAGCAGAGCCACUACUAGGGACAACCAACUUUGCGUGUCACUUCUGCUGAUGGGAGUUUUGGAGCUGGUAAACUGGGUGUUAAUAUUGUCUUGAGGGUACAGCAGCCCAAAGUGUCUCCCCAUCUCCAAAUGCAGCACAAAUUCACUCUUAUCCCCCAAACAAAUGUUUAACCGGAUGCUGUAGGUCAAUAUUUGCCUGCCAAAUUCUCAAAUGGGGUGGUGCCGAAGGUCGCUGCCGGCGGGUAGAAGUGGGCUGGACAAGAGACUGUGUUUGCCCCACGCAGAGCUAUCGGCCGGGCUAAAGCAGGUGCCAGCUCCAACGUGGACGUGAACAACCUCAGAAAUAUGAUGUUCCUCUGGGGUCUGUGGCUGCUCUGCCUGUCUGCUCUGCACAGUCACCUAAGGUUUUUUUCCGCACAUGCCAUUGAGCAAAAGCGUCUCUUCUUAGACAAGGAUGGGGAGCUGAAGGACGUGAAAAGCGCUGGAGUUGUACAGUCUGCUCUGCAGGAAGCCAUCCCACCCAUGCCGAGCGCAGGGAUGGCAGACAUUACCUAUGACAACUUCCAGGAGAUCGAUGGACCCAUGUUACCUUUCACCACCGCACUGCCAGACAUGAGGAAUGACUGGAACCCAGAAGAUGAAGUCAUAGCUGGGGCUGUGGGCUGUCAUGAACAGCAACCAUCUGGGGAAACUGCCUCUUCUGAAGAGGAAGGAGAGGCUGAAGAUAAAAGCUGCGAGAUGACUUGGAAGAAGAGCCAGAGGCUAGCAGAUGGCUUGAUGAGAUUCAGCAUCGAUCUCCUGAGAGAAGUCCAGCUGGAGUCCAACAGAACCAAUGUGAUCUUAUCACCCUUCAGCAUCGCCCUCGCCUUGUCUCACCUGGCACUGGGAGCAGCAAAUCAGACAGAGAAGCAUCUGCUGGAGGCGAUGCAUCUGGAGUCGGUGCCCUGUGUCCACCACAUGUUGGGCACCCUUCGCAGAAGGCUCGCAGAAUCCACCCUCAGCCUUGCGUCGCGUCUGUACCUGCAGAAAGGAUUUGAGGUGAAAGAGAAGUUCCUGGAGGAUUCAGAGAAAUUCUACGAGGCAAAAGCCAUGACCCUUUCUGGGAUCAGUGAGGAUGACCUCAUAGCCAUAAACAAGUGGGUAAAGGAAGCAACUAAUGGGCAAAUACCCACCUUCCUACAGCAGCUCCCUGAAAACACAGUGAUGCUCUUGCUCAAUGCAAUCCAUUUCCACGGGUUUUGGAGGAGUCAGUUUGAUGCUAGCUUCACUGGGCCAGAUGUAUUCCACCUUGACAAUGAGUUCGUGGUCCCAGUUGAGAUGAUGAAAGCCCAGAAGUACUCCCUGAGCUGGUUUACACUAGAGUCCCAGGACAUUCAGGUGGCCAAGUUUCCCUUUAAGAGUAACAUGAGUUUUGUGGUCAUUGUACCAAACCAGUAUACUUGGAAUAACUCUCAUGUGCUGGAGAACCUCCCUUACGAACAACUAUGCAAGCUUUUCCCCAAAGAGGUACCCACCACAGUGAAGAUCCCCAAAAUAAAAUUGGACUACCAGCUGGAACUCAACAAGGUUCUCAGUCAAAUGGGCCUCCAGGAGCUGUUCACAAGCCCAAAUCUCCAGAAGAUCGCAGAUGAACCUCUCUUUGUAUCCAGUAUACAGCAUCAGUCUGCCCUGGAGCUUAAAGAAGAUGGGGUGGAAGCAUCUGCUGCUACCAGUGUUGCAAUUUCACGCUCAGUCUCUGCCUUCAGCCUUGAUCGGCCCUUCAUCUUCAUUAUCUUUGAAGAUGAAACAGGCAUCCCGCUUUUUAUAGGCAGUGUCCAGAACCCUAACCCCAAUGCUGCUCCCCAGAUAAAAGAGCCACGGGACUCACGUGAAGCAACAGACCCCAUGCCCAAAUAAGAGAGGAGGAGAGGCUAAGUGUUCUGGGACUGCUACCUGACCCUUUGGACCAGCUAAAAGAGGCCUCCUGUCCUUGGAGACCUCCCUCUGAGGCCACAGAAGGCAACCCUUGCUGUUUUCCUUUACAGAUUCCUAGAGACCAGUCCUGGGAUAGCCCAUUCCAGCCUUGACGAGCUUCUCCAGGCUGGGGUUCCCCUCUGUUAAACCUGAAAAGCUUGCUCUGCCUGGAUUUCCCUUCCAGGGCUCUCAGUCCUGGAAGGGAGACUUCCUUGUCCCCAGACUCUUAUUAGAGUCUUUAUUAAGCUCUUAUUAGAGGCCCCCAUAGCCUGGAAUCAUCAUUAGCAUCUGGCAGCUUGGACAACAGCCAGAGAUAUUAAUAUGGCUCUUCCUUCCGCAGUUCCUGUGAACAAGUCUCCCUCAAAGUGUUCCUCUGAAAACCAUUUGUAUCCACCUAGAAAACAAUCUCUAGAUCAACUGGACUAGUAACUAGUUGUCUUCUCUAGGAUGCAUCACAGCCAUUUCCAGGCACAGGCUCUUUUCAAAGAUUCCCUUUUCCCACUCCUUGGCUAUUGGGAUCUGAUGUGCGAGGGUCUGCAGUGGGAAACCCCUUUGGAUCCUUAUCUCCAGCCCUUUUCCUGGGAAACUCUAGGUUCUUGGGUGAUGCUAGAUUUUGAGACAUAUUUUAUAAAGUGUUUUUUAGUAAUUUUUAUGUUGGCAGAAUAAUAAAGAGUAAAGCAGAA